UGUUGGUACGCUUUCAAAGAGACGUUACGUCCGCGCUCUUGACUCUUGGUUGAUCAUUCUCACUACCAGUCUGGUGAAGUAGGGCGCUAUUCUGCUCUCUCGUCUGUCCAUUCUGCUUGCUCUUGCCUUUCGUUUCCAGUCAGGAGCUGCUUCGUCUUUUGAAAUGGAAGCUCCUGUGCCGACUUUUCACCAAUCACAACGUGCUCGAGGAGAUCUUAGGGGAAGCAUUGCUGCAGCAUCUCAUUCGCUGCAGAUAGCGUCACACUUGACAACUUCGGAUAUGGAUCGAGCUCCUGUUGCAACAUCAGCUGCUAGUCACACUGCGCGAACUUCAUCCCCAACACCCCGUUUGACGUCUUCUAACGAAGAUUCCGUUUUCUGUGGUCUGGAUCACCAGCAACGACCUCGCGUGUUCAGUUUGUUUCUGUCGAUUGUGGGCGCAUCACUCUUGCUGAGUGGAUGUGUGAUGCCAACGUGGCUUGUUCGACCCAGUACCGAGUUGCUGUUGAUGGAUGGUUCGGAGACUGUUCGCAGAAACAGCAGUGCUGUGACGCUAGGACUCUUCAUGAUAUGCGAGAGGAGCACGCUAAACACGUGCUUUACAUAUUUGUCAGCAUCAAGUCCGGAGUUUAGACCUGUUCUAUGGGAUGUUGACUAUCACACACAUAACGAGCAGCUCAUCGCUAGCCAAUCGCUAUGCGUACUGUCCGUACUCGCAGCACUAGCUGCUGUUUGCACCAUAGCGUUGCAGUGGAGAUUCAGGAAGACUGAGACAAAGUUUCGUUGUCUUGUGGUGCACGCACUGGCUUCUCUCCUCACUUGUUUCUCCUGCAUCCUGUCAGUACUGGUCUUUUACUUCUGGUCAGAUGAAGCUCUACGGCAACCGGCCGACUCUGCCGUACAAACAGGUGAUGACGUCACUGGGCGGUUUGUGGUGGGUGUAGCGUUCUACCUGGUUUCCACGGUAAUCAUGGUGUCCAUUGCCAUGGCGAUAGUGUCGCUCUACGCAGUAUGUAUAGCACAGCGAUGCAAGGCUAGUACGGAUGAAGAGGAAGGUGGCAGCGAUGUGGAGCAGCAGUUGCUUGCACUGACUGGUGAAGCAGUACCCAUAUCAGCAGCUGUGUGUGAUCUACCCCCACCGUACUCUGCUGAACUACCUUGUUGCACAUGUCAACAUGCAAGUACAGAUGCUGCAGUGAGUGACGCGAGUGCUGGUUUGAUGUCAUCGUCGUCGGCGCCAUGUUGUAACACUUUGCAGCAGGCUGAUGGAACAGUAUUUGCCACAGCCACAAACAGCGGCCCGCAUGUUGCAGAUGUAUCCGCCAGUUCUCAUGCAGUCAGCGGUGGCGCUAUACAUACAUCACGCAUUGCUCAUUCUCAGUCCCUUGUUGCAUCAUGCACUCGGGAGGAAACACCUCAGCGCACUCGUAGUAUUCGACACUCGGCGAGUGCACCAUCAUUGAUCACUAUGGAGCGGAGUAGCAGAGAGCCGACAUCACUAUUGACAUGCAAUCCUGCCAGCCCUACCACCACAUCCGCCGCGCCCCUCACACCGCCGUGUUUACGCUGUCAACCAGAGCCGUUGUUAUCACCACAAGAACUCCUAGUCAGGUACUCUGAACUAUCCACGGCAUUCCAUUUCCAAUGCGAUACAAGUGUGAUGAUGAAAGAUGCUGCCGCAGAUUUACCUCCUCCGUAUUGUCAACCUCAACCGCAGCAGCAUGUCAUGGUAUGAGCGAUAGUUUUAUAAAUAAGUACACUUUUUGUUGCUUUGCACUUGUGAAAUCCUGAGCAUGCUUCACUUGGAUCCAAUGAUUGAGCCAGUUCAACUCUUUCCAGCUAAUUAUUCCCCUAUUGUACAAUUCUGUUUGCGCAGGCAAACUUGUCUACGUACAUCUAUUGAGUUCUCCUCUAAGCCACCACUGGCAAUUGUACGUAUAUACUAUUUAUAAGCACUCCAGCAAUGUAGAUCCAUGCUGAGCAAUGCAUAUUUAUCCCAUAACCCACUCCAGUAUUUAGUCCAUGAACUUAUCAUCAACAGCUCGUUAUAUUACUAACUGUAAGCUCGUUAUAUUACCCACUGUAAGCCCGUUAUAUUACCAACUGUAAGCCCGUUCACUUGCCUGAUAUCCUCUCGCAAUACUUCUCCGUGAUAUGUUCAAAAAACCAAAAUUGACGUUUCUCUGGUAUCCUAUUUAUUCUAGAAAUAUUCCAAAUCCUUUUUAAAAACCUCUUACCCGGAUCUGCGCACUUUUCCUCUGCUCAGAUUUCACUCAGAACCUCAUGUUCUUGAUACUCGUUCAUGCAUGAAUCUUGUUUUGAUCUUGAUUUAUAGAUCCUGAUGAAAUCCUUGAAAAGACCACUGAGAACUAAAUAUUCCGCUUUUCUCCACUCUAUACUUCA